CGGCUGUCGCCCGCGGGGCGUGACGCACCGAGGCGGGGCGCGCGGGUGCAGAUAAAGGCGGCGGCGGGGCGCGGAGAGCCAGAACGAGCGCACUCAGCCCCAGCGCCCGAGCCGCCCCGAGCCGCGCAGCCCUGAGAGCCGCAGCCGAGCCCCAGCCGUCGCCUCCCGGCCGCGCCACGCGCUUCUCUCGGCCCCGCGCCCGCCCCCGCGGCCCCUCCGCCAAAUGAAACUGGCCGCGAUGAUCAAGAAGAUGUGCCCGAGCGACUCGGAGCUAAGCGUCCCGGCCAAGAACUGCUACCGCAUGGUCAUCCUCGGGUCGUCCAAGGUGGGCAAGACGGCCAUCGUGUCGCGCUUCCUCACGGGCCGCUUCGAGGACACCUACACGCCCACCAUCGAGGACUUCCACCGCAAGUUCUACUCCAUCCGCGGCGAGGUCUACCAGCUGGACAUCCUCGACACGUCGGGCAACCACCCGUUCCCCGCCAUGCGGCGCCUCUCCAUCCUCACAGGAGACGUCUUCAUCCUGGUGUUCAGCCUGGACAACCGCGACUCCUUCGAGGAGGUGCAGAGGCUCAAGCAGCAGAUCCUGGACACCAAGUCCUGUCUCAAGAACAAAACCAAGGAGAACGCGCCCGUGCCGCUGGUCAUCUGCGGCAACAAGGGUGACCGGGACUUCUACCGCGAGGUGGAGCCGCGCGAGAUCCAGCAGCUGGUGGGCGACGACCCCCGGCGCUGCGCCUACUUCGAGGUCUCAGCCAAGAAAAACAGCAGCCUGAGCCAGAUGUUCCGAGCGCUCUUCGCCAUGGCCAAGCUGCCCAGCGAGAUGAGCCCGGACCUGCACCGCAAGGUGUCCGUGCAGUACUGCGACGUGCUGCACAAGCAGGCGCUGCGGGACAAGAAGCUGCUGCGCGCGGGCAGCGGCGGCGGCGACGCGGGCGACGCCUUCGGCAUCGUGGCGCCCUUCGCGCGCAGGCCCAGCGUGCACAGCGACCUCCUGUACAUCCGCGAGAAGGCCCGCGGCGGCGGCCAGGCCAAGGCCAAGGCGCGCUGCGUCAUCAGCUAGGCCCCCGCCGCCCGCCCGAGGGGCCCCAGCGGGACCGCUGUCUUCACGUGACGCCCCGGACCGCGGAGGCGCCUUCCCUCCCGGCCACCCCGGCCCCGGCCCCGCGCCCGGGGGAGGCGCGACGGAACCGAGAAGGGACGAUCAUCAGCGCUGGAAGGAACGAGCUGGCUGAGCGCCGGGCCCCCCGCCUCUGAGUCGCCACGGCUGCCCCGCCACCCCCCGACUUGGGGGGCCCUGGGCCCAGCAGAGGGUGAAUUUGUCGGGUUUUUCACAAAGACCCGAACCAGGAGGGGGGGACAGGGGGUAAAUCAGCUACUGUUGGGCUUGGAGAAACUGAGUCAGGACCAAGGGGAAUCCCGUCUGGGAUCUGCCCUCGCAGGGAGAACCUUUGCCCUCCGGAAACCAUUCCCGGGCGCGGGUUCAAACCGUAACCGAGCAACUUGUUUACAUGUGUGAGUGACAUUGCAGAAAGGAAAAAACAAAACAAGAAAACUAAAACUUGCACUUUAGUAGUAGUUCUGGUGUCAUUGUGGACACGAACAAAGCUGCAUCCAGAUGUUUAUAUGGUGUGUGUGUAAAAGUUUUCAAGUUCUUAUUGUUUUUUUAAUAUUAAAAUAAAAUAAUUUAAAAUGUAAAA